AUGCCCACUUCCGCUAUAGACGACCUUGUUCACAAUAUACUCGCUGAAGUCGCCUCCACAAUUAUGAGCAUACCCGCAUCGCCUACGCUUGUCAAUGGAGUACCCUCUCGAGCACAGACACCCUUUAUCCGCACCUCAUCGCCCUCACCUUCUAUCGAACUUAGUCACGCAUUGGACGAACAAGAAUUUGCCACACGUCUGGUCUCGGCUAUCCGUGUUCCUGUCGACUUCACAGAUAUCCUUGUCGCCUUACGAAAUCGCCCACAAGAUCGACAAGCGGUGGUUUCCAUGCAACAAGCAUUAGAAAUGGUCGAGUGGAUGCAGACGGCCAGACAAGAGCUCAUUGCUGCAGAAGAAAGGACGAGUAGAGCCCGAACCAGAGUCGACCAAGUCUGGUCGUUGAUGCGCAGUAUGGUCACUCGUACAGCACAGGAGAUUUGGAGGGAGCAUGGGGAUGAGGACAUCGGACACAUCCUUGGAUACACCACUAAUGGAAUACCCGCAUCCACUCCUCGCUCGUCGCCAGAACCAAUUCCCGUUUGA